AUGGCCGGGCGGGCUGCAGCCAGGGCCGAGAGGAAGGCUGGCUCUGGCGGCGGCGCCUCCGCCUCCUCCUCGGGCACUAACUUAAUCUUUUCCUCUUCGGCCACCGAGUUCAGCUUCAACGUGCCCUUCAUUCCGGUUAUGCAGGCCGCCACCGCCUCGGCCUCCCUGCUCUUGCCGGGAGAAGACUCCACAGACGUUGGGGAGGAGGACAGCUUCUUGGGUCAGACCUCUGCUCACCCAGCCACCUCACAGACGUCCAGUUAUUUCUCUCAGGUAUCAAGCAGCAUUGAUCCUUUUGGGAAUCUCGGACAGUCACUGCUGACAGCUGCCUCGACACCAGCAAGAAGUCAGUCAGCAUACGCCAAGCCCCCAACCACGCUCUCUUUUCCCGCUGGAUUCCAAGACGCGUCUUCACCAUCUGCUUCGAAGGCGCAGUACGGUGCUCCAGCUUCUCCCCAGCUGGGACUCAAUACUUACCGAUCACCGCAGCCGAGUCCUUUUCCUCCUUCCAAUUUUGGGAACCCACCUCAAGGAACACCCCAACAAGGAUACAAUCCAUACCGCCACACCCGGGUCAGCAGCAGGGCUAAUCCUUACGUUACACUUCCGCAGCUGCAACAAUGCCAGACACCUCCGCAGCUGCAGCAAUGCCAGACACCAGGCCACCCUACCCACCACCCACCCUCCGCAACCCCCGUCUAGAUGUACCAGAUGCCCCCUGGAUCUUUGCCACCGGUUCCUCCUUCAGUGCAGCCAGGGAUGCCCCCCCCUCCUGCACAGCAGCCAGGGCUGGUGGCCCCCUCUGUGCAGGUGCCACCUCCUUUUGUCCUUCAGAACCAGUAUGAGCCUGUUCAGCCCCACUGGUUUUACUGCAAGGAGGUAGAAUACAAGCAGCUGUGGAUGCCUUUCAGCAUGUUUGACUCUCUGAAUCUUGAGGAAACCUACAAUUCAAUCCAGCCAGACCCUGAGAGUGUGGUUCUGGCCAUGGAUGGGCGCUACGAUGUUUUCCUCUAUGACCGAAUGAGGAAGGCUGUGUACUGGGAAGAGGAGCCCAUGGAAGUGAGACUCUGUACCUGGUUUUACAAAGGGGACAUGGACAGCCGGUUCAUUCCCUAUACGGAAGAAUUCAGUGAGAAACUAGAGGCUGAAUACAAAAAGUUUGUGACCACCAAUCAGUGGCACCACAGGCUGGAGUUUCCCAGUGGAGAGACUAUCAUGAUGCACAAUCCAAAGGUUAUUGUUCAGUUCCAGCCUUCAUCAGUGCCUGAUGAAUCAGGGACCACACAGGAAGGACAGACAAGACCCAGGUUGGUGAAGCACGGGAUUGAUGGCAGCCUUGAUGAAAUUCUGGGCAGGGAAAUGCCUCAAGUUGACCACUUGGUGUUCAUGGUGCAUGGCAUUGGCCCUGUGUGUGACUUGCGCUUUAGAAGCAUUAUUGAAUGUGUGGAUGAUUUUAGGGUGGUUUCUCUCAAAUUGCUGCAGACACAUUUCAAGAAAUCCUUAGAUGAGAAGAAAGCCAGUCGAGUGGAGUUCCUGCCUGUCCACUGGCACAGUGCUUUGGGUGGGGACGCCACAGGAGUUGACAGGAAUGUUAAGAAAAUCAUGAGUAUUGGCCGGUUUUGUCACUUCACCAAUGAUACCUUGCUAGACAUUUUAUUUUACAGUAGCCCCACGGUGCCCACAGAGCCACAGCCUCACAAGAGAUUCAAAACCUAUAAGGAACAAAAUCUGAGGAGUUGCUAUUCCCUCUCCUGGUCAUCUCGUCUAAUCCUUUUAUCUUUUUUGUCACCCUUCUCUGAGUUCUCUCUAAUUUACAGUAUUGAUGUUCGCUUUAUAAUGAGGUGCCCCAAACAGUAUGCCGUGCUCUAUAAGUGGCUGCCAGGAAAGGCAUGA